CUUCUUCUCGAUUCUUCCUCCCGACAAACCCCCAAGCCACCGACUCUCUCCCCCUUGAGAAAACCGGUGAGAUCUUGAUGAAAUUCCUUCCUUUUCUGGUUCAAUCACAAGAUUUGGGGCUUAGAAUUCUCUCCCUCAACCCAGAAAUCCCGGUUCUGCUCUGCUCUUUUCCCCUGUCUGUCGGCUGCCAUGUGGGUUUGAAUUUUUGGGCAUUUUUCGGGUAAGCCACAGCCAUGGAAAUCAUCUCCUUAGCUUUGAUUUGGCUUGGGUUACUCUAAUUUCUGUUUUGGUUCUUGAAUUUGGGUUAAUUCCGUGAGCUUCCCCUGCACUUGCCGCCGGCUUCUUCUCCCUGCCAGCUCCGGUUUGCUUGCUAGAAUUCUGGUAAGUUGCCGGCUCUUCUAAGUCCAAUUUAUCCAUGUAGUUGCUGCCUUGUGUUGAUUGGAAUUUCUGCUUUUGAAUUGCCCUUUUGUUGGCCGAUAUAGGGGAAGAAAUUAGCAGCCUUUAAAUGUGUUUUUUUGGGCUCAGUUCAUGUAGAAAUAAACCUGUUUUGGCUUAAAAUUUAGCUGCUGUUCUGCGUGAAAAUCCUGCUGUUUGCCAAAGAUUCUACUGUUCACGCGUACCAGUUACUGUUCACACAGAAGAUUCUGCAAUUUUGCUACUGUUUUCUGCUCCUUUUCAGUCCGUUUCUGCUCUGAAAAAUCUGAUGAAAUAUCCAUUUUUUUUCUGGUUUUGAUCGUUCUGUUACCGUAGCACUUGGGUUAGCCUUCUGUUCUGUGUGAGUAAGGUAAGUAAAUCAUGGUAAAGCCCUUCGAUUUUAAAGCAUGUUUUAAACUGUUUUUGAGAUGGUGGCAAGGUUUAAAUUGAUUUUAAAUUGAUUUUAUCAACAUCUGAAUGUGAUUAAACUGAAAUGAAAAUUGUGAUGAUUUUUAUGAAAAUCAUUGUUUUUCUGGAAUUGAGUGUGAUUGGAAUGAAAAUGAGGAUUUUAUUGAUUUUCUGGAAAUGAGCAUGAUUGAGAAAUGAAAAUGAGAAUUUCCUGGUUUUUCUAGAAAUGAGUAUGAUUGAUUUGAAAUAAGAUUAUUAGUCUUUUUGUAUUGAUUUGAGCAUGCCUACUUGAAGUUCAUGUGAUGGUCCUGACGAUUUGAAAGUUAAUUGUAAAGAAUGAUUUUCUGUUAACUUCUGCCUGUUUUGUCUCCGUUGUGGUUAUGAUUAUUAAUGAUCCUGCUAGUGGGGGUGAAACGCUAGCACAUGUCGGCACAUGUCGAUAUGUUAUUGAUGAUCCUGCUAGUGGGGACUUGAUUUAGCUUCCUGAGCAUUAGAUCCUUCCAUAAACUUAAGUGAAUAUGUAUAUUAUGUGGUCUGUUGCUGGUCUUCAUUGAUGUUCAAGCAGUUGUAUUUUAUCUUUAGGUUUAAUCCUUCAUUGGCAUACUUAAAAGAGUUCAGAAGGUUAGAUUUCAUGGUGUCUAUUGGAUUCCUUUCUUGUCUGUUCAGAAUGUGUCUUCUUUAGUUUCUGUGAUACAUUCUGUCAAGCAGAACCAUUUUGGCAAUGGGAAGAAGAAGAAUCUGUUUUGCAGUUUGCUUGGUGGACACCCAUAUCUGUUACUGCGAUACAGGUAUUUGUUUAAAAAAAAAGGUUACAUUUU